AGAUUAAGAAAUUAAAGAAAUUUUUGAACUUGUCGUCCUAAAUUAAAAUUAUGUCAAAUUUUCAUUAAAGUAUUCCUAAAAAGGAAAGGGGUCCAUUUCUUAUGGAAUUGGAUUAAAAAGGAAAGAUUAUUUUUUUUUAAAACGGAGCGAGUAUGUUUUAUUUGAACCGAGUCUUUUGUAGCCACCCCUAAAGGCACAACUUGUUUGAUAAUACUGGGCAUAUUGUUGAAAUUAUCGAACCUUUAGUAGAUGCUACUGUUUAAAUUUUUUUCUUUUUGGAAAAAAUAAAGACAUUUUUGUUAGUUAUAGAUAUAGAUUUAUUAUACAGUAUUUCUUUUCUUUAUGUUUUUUCUUAUGGGUAUUGUUGUUAUGAUUUACCAUCUGAAAUGCUAGUACCAUCUUUGGAUGGGAUUAUUGUAAUAAGCUUCAAAGAGGCUAUCCUUCUACCAUGGGUUGAUAGAAUUAGACCAGAUGUUAGGCAGCUGUUGUCUUCUAAGUAUAGAAAUAGCCAACUUACACACCAUAACAACAAUUAGUUGUUUGUAAGCCACAUAAAUCAGUUUCCUCUGUUUGAGGAGGAGUUAUUUGUAUUCAAUCGUAGUUCUUGAUCUAUUUUCUUGUUGUCUCCAUAAAUCUAUCAAAGGCCAAACUUUUCUUUUUUUUUUUUCUAAUCUAUCAAAGGCCAAACUUUUCAUAUUUUAUUUCUGACCAUCUUCUUUCUUUUAAUGCCCUAAGCAGGUAGGAAUCGAUGAACUAAUGGAGUCUAAAGGUGGGAAGAAGAAGUCUAGUAGUAGUUCCUUAUGUUACGAAGCUCCCCUAGGUUACACUAUUGAAGACGUUCGACCAAACGGAGGAAUCAAGAAAUUCAGAUCAGCUGCUUACUCCAACUGCACUCGCAAGCCAUCCUGAGAUUUCCCGUGAUCUAGAAUAAACCACCAGAGGUGGUUCUAAGUAGUUUUAGAAUUCUGUUUUUCUCAGCUUUUUUUCUUCAUCCCUCAUCCUCGUUACACGCUCCAAAAUUUAGUCCUUUCCGAACACACACUUUCAAGCAAGAUGGAUUUGCCGGUAUCUGCAAUUGGAUUUGAAGGUUAUGAAAAGCGACUUGAGAUUUUCUUUUUCGAGUUAGGAAACUCUUAUGGCCCUGGAUGUGGCCUACGGUCGCUCUCCAAAGAUCAGUUGGAUGAAAUUCUGACACCUGCUGCAUGCACCAUAGUGUCUUCAUUGGCUAAUGAUGAAGUUGACUCUUAUGUCCUUUCAGAGUCUAGCCUCUUUGUCUACUCUUACAAGAUCAUAAUCAAAACUUGUGGCACCACAAAACUGCUGCUCUCGAUCCCGCCCAUUCUUACGUCGGCUGACUCACUUGACCUGAAAGUGAAGUCUGUGAGGUACACUCGUGGUAGUUUCAUCUUUCCUGGGGCUCAACCAUACCCACAUCGUCACUUCUCCGAAGAAGUGGCCGUGCUUGACAGCUAUUUUGGUAAGCUUGGUGCAGGCAGCAGUGCAUAUGUGAUGGGUAGUGCUGAUAAACAACAGAACUGGCAUGUCUAUUCUGCUUCAGCUGAAUCUGCCGAUGCCAAUAAUGUGAAUCCAGUUUAUACACUGGAGAUGUGCAUGACUAACUUGGACAAGAAAAAGGCAUCCGUAUUUUUCAAGACUCAAUGUAGCACUGCUGCUGAGAUGACUGAACUUUCAGGCAUUCGGAAGAUUCUUCCAGAAUCAAACAUAUGCGAUUUUGAUUUUGAACCUUGUGGUUACUCAAUGAAUGCUGUUGAAGGCUCGGCAAUCUCCACGAUUCACAUAACACCCGAGGAUGGAUUCAGCUAUGCAAGUUUUGAAGCAGUGGGUUAUGAUUUCAGAGAGGUCAACUUAACUGCAAUGAUUGAGAGGGUGUUGUCCUGCUUCGGACCUGCUGAGUUUUCCGUGGCAUUACACUCUGACACUCCUGGGAAGGAACUUUAUACCGACUCGGGCCUGAACAUCAUCGGAUAUGUCUCUGGCGAAAAGACUACUGAAGUGCUUGGUGAGGGAGGAUCACUUACGUACCUCACAUUCAGCAGUGGUGGUAGCUGCGGCGGAUCCCCCAGAUCAAUCCUUAAUAACAGCUGUUGGAGUGAGAACGAGGAUGAGGAAAUGGAGAAGAUAUAUUAAUGAGAAAUAUGUCUAUUCUCUUUUUUAGUACGCAAUACUAUAGCUCUGGUAUAGAUAUCCAAGCAUGCAAAUAAUGUUUCUUUGUGGGUUCAUUACGUCUAGUACUAGUAUCAGUUUCUCGUAUUUUAAUUUAAUUCUGUGAUAUGUGUGGGAAUGAAAUAACUGUCUGCUGAGUCUAUGAAGCUUCUUAGCUUUAUAGCGUUUGUGGUAUUAUUAUUGAGUUGUCUGGUGUUGUGUAAUAAAACCUUUUGGGAGACUAUUAUAUGAAAUAUUGUCAUUGUCAAUA